ACUCCCAACCCAAACAUCUCAUCUCAUCUCAUCUCAUCUCAUUCAACUGUCUCCUCUCGUUCUUCCUCAGCUCGCCGAUCGCCGCCGCCGCCGCUAACCUUGCCGGUCACCGUCGAUCGGCUUCUUUGCCGAUCGUCACCGUCGAUUGCCUCUUCUCAGGUUGUUUCCACUGUGAAAGUCAUUACAUUGGGUUGCAUGAUUAUUUGGACCCAACCUUAUCUACUUUGAUUCUAUAGGGUUGUUCCAUCAUAAGAUGACAAUCAUACUCUCUUCGUCCUCAGUAAUUCCCUCGUUUCAUAUUAACCUGUUGAAAUCAUAUGAUUUGAAUUUUAAAAGCAAGUCUCCUUCCAACCCAAACUUCAGUUUUGUCCAUUGCAAUAUUCCACAAGGACUCCCUUCCUUUAGUAAAAAUAUCAAUCCAAUUUUGAAAAAAACACUUGCCAGCACUUUGAGGUUUAUAGCCAGAGAAUGCAUGAACUCCAAUGAUGUGUUGUUUGGUGAGGAUGGCUCAAUUACAUAUGAUUGGAAGGACAAACAAGGAGAAAAUGACGAUAUGGGAUCACCAUGGGAAGGGGCUGUUGUGUAUCAGAGAAACCCUUCAAUCUCACAUGUGGAGUACUGCACAACCUUGGAGAGACUCGGGUUAGGAAAACUUUCAACUGAGGUUUCAAGAUCUCGAGCUUCUGUGAUGGGAUUACGAGUAACAAGAGCUGUGAAGGAUUUUCCACUUGGAACACCUGUUCUAAUAUCAGUUGAUGUAACAAGGAAAAGGAAGAAAUUGAGGCUUGAUGGGAUUGUACGAACAGUUAUCACCCUCGCCUGCAAUAGGUGUGGUGAGCCAACUGCUAAGUGUAUUUUCUCCAACUUCUCACUUUUAUUAACUGAAGAACCAGUUGAAGAACCUGACAUUAUAAAUAUGGGAGUGAUCUUCGGGGAAGACAAAUUCACAACUUCUGGAAGUAGUGAAGAGGAAGAAGAUGAUGAAGCUUCAAUUGAUUUGGAUGAUCGGCUAUAUUUUCCUCCUGAAGAAAAAGGAAUUGACAUUUCAAAACACAUAAGAGACAUGGUGCAUGUAGAGAUCACCAUUGAUGCACUAUGUAACACUACGUGCCAAGGUUUGUGCCUGAAAUGUGGUUCAAAUCUCAACACUACCACUUGUAAUUGUAAUGAACAGGAGACGGAAGAGAAAGGUUAUGGUCCUCUUGGAGGUUUGAAGAAGCAAAUGCUGAAAAAUUGAUGUUUUUUUAGGUAAUUUGUGAAACUAUAUGGAGAUGUCAUUGGCUGUGUGUGUGUGCACGCGCAAUGUAAUGUAGAGAACAUGUCCAGCUGCUGUACGUGUGCAUGUAUGCUGAAGUUGUGCAGCAUACCAGCCCCAGCCCCUUCCCAAUCAACCAUGGAUUUUAAUAUCGACUUUUGUUAGAAAAUCAGGUUGUUUUUGGUUUCUUACUCUUCGCCUGUAUUGGUCGGUGUACAUGAACUAUCAGCAUUAAUUAUCUCCUUAAUUUGUUGUCACUAUAAAGUAUAAUGCUUGCUUAUAGGUGAGGGCAGUUAUUCAAAUUCUCUUGCCACUCCAAUUUAGGUGGGCAGAAGUUUGUUUGACCAUACACCGAUGAAUAGAUUUCGUGCAAUUACAGAA